AUGGCUUCCGGCCAGACCAAAGGCGAUCAUGACUCGCUUCCGACAGCUGUCCCGACCGAAGCGAAUAAGAAUGUCGAGGUAGAGGCGUCUAAAACAAUUGAAGAUGCCGAGGUAGAGGCACCCACGUUGGCCAAGGAUGUCGAAGUGGAGGAAUCUGGAGCAGCCACAGAGGUCAAAGUUGAGGUAUCCAAAGUGGGCAAAGAUGUCGAGGCGGAGGUGGCCAAAACAGCUGAAGAUGCUGGGGUUGAGACAUCUAAAGCAACCAAGGACAUCAAAGCAGAGGUAUCCAAAGCGACCAGUGACACUGAAGCAGAGGCGCCCGAAGCAGCUGAAGACAUCGAGGUAGAAACACUUGAAGUGGCCACGGACGCCGAGGUAGAGGUAGAGGUGCCCGGAACGGACGAUGUUGUUGAGGCUGAGACACCCAAGAUAACACACGAUUCCAUGGUUACAGUCCGACUUUCCGAACCUCCAGCUUUGGCAUUGGACACUAGUUUCGCCGGGGAAGACGAGCCAACGACACCAACCAAGACAGAGGCAGCAGGCAAGAGACCCGCAUCUGUCGGGAGCAGAAGCCCUGUAGAAAGCGUGAGGUCAGCUCGGCUAUCCUCAACGUGUGAUGCCCCAUUAAGUUCACUGCAGGAGGAGCUCGAGGAGGACACAGAUAAUGAGAGUUCUAGAACCCUGUCGGGAGAACAGGAAGAGGUCGAUUGGGAGAAGCUAGAAAAGACGGAAGACGAGCAAACUAAGGGUGAUGACACGGAUAAUUCAACCGCACUACUUCUGGCCAGACUGGAACAGGAAAACGCAAAGCUGGCUACGAACCCCAAGAGCGUCAAAGUCAAAGUCGAACAUGAAUCUACGCCAAAAAAGACGAGACCUCCAUCAAUGGCUCAGCUCCGACAAAUGGUCACCGGACCGACGUCUCCUGCACUCCGAUACUCGAUGCUCCCGCCCCCGCCCAUGACAGAUCUCGAAUUCUGGGCCGCCUUGGUGAAGGAUUACCAGCAGACUGCUGCUCGACUACCGACACUCCUUUCGAAGAAGAUUCACAAAGGUAUCCCCCCGCCACUCAGGGGAGUUGUUUGGCAGAGUAUGUCUGGAGCACGCGACUUUGCACUCGAGGAACAAUACGUCAGACUUUCCGGCGAGUCGAGUCCUUAUGAGCCUCUCAUCGGCAAGGAUCUGAACCGAAGUUUUCCUGGUGUUGAGAUGUUCCGAGACCCUGAUGGCGACGGUCAGCAAAUGCUUGGCAAGGUUCUGAAGGCCUUCAGCCUGUAUGACACUAAGAUUGGAUAUUGCCAAGGGUUGGCAUUUCUCGUUGGUCCACUUCUUAUGCACAUGCCAGAUAAGCAGGCAUUUUGCGUCCUGGUUCGGCUUAUGGAACGUUAUGAUCUACGAACCUGCUUCCUCCCAGAUCUGUCAGGCCUCCACGUACGAAUAUAUCAGUUUCGAGAGCUCCUCCGUAGCAACCUGCCUGAGUUGUCCAGCCACUUUGAAGAGCUUCAGAUAGAUCCGGCCUACGUGUCUCAGUGGUUCCUGAGUUUCUUCGCAGUCACAUGUCCGUUACCAAUGUUGUUUCGAAUUUACGACGUCAUUUUCGCAGAGGGUGCAUCUGAGACACUUAUGAGAGUAGCAUUGUCUCUCAUGCGUAAAAAUGAGGCUCGAUUACUGGCUUGCAGUGAGCUCGAGGAUGCCAUGCAGCUUCUGCUCUCCCGAGGCAUUUGGGACUGUUACCAUUACGAUGCUGACUCAUUUGUGGACGACUUCGUUAGUCUCACCGGUGAGGUUUCGCGGGAGAAAUUGUCACGAUUGGAGCAGGGUUAUCGCGAGUCUCUUGUUGCUGCAGCGAGUGUUACUAGGGCGUCAGACAUCACAACGGCGGCGACGAGAUUCCUGGGUCGGAUAUGGGCAUCAUCGAGUAUCGGAUCGCCAAGGUCGGCAACACUCUCGCCGAGUACUGGUGUUCAACCACGGCCGUUGAGUCUGCUCAGGCGGAGCACAUCCAAGCAGAGCCUCGCCUCUACGUUGAACUCGAUGGAGGCAAGCUCUUCCAGCGUGACGAGCUCUACAUCUACAGUCGCAUCAACGGUAUCGAGAGACUCUUCAAACACAGAUGACGUGCCCGCAAGUCGAGAGUCUACUCCCGUUGGCCCGAAGCCUUUAGCCAGUCCAGUUGCCACCGACGAACGGUAUCUUCACAGCCAAAUCGAGGAUCUCCUCACUGCCCUCAGCGAGUUGCAGCGCAAUCAUGCUGUGUUGACAAACCAGCUUCAGAAGGAGCGUGAGGCACGGGAUGAGGAGAGGAGGGCUACUCGCUCUCUUCUUCAUGAGCUGAAGGAACUGCCUGGCUUUAAUCCAACAAAGGAUACAGGGGCCGAGUCUGCGUCGGUUGGACCGAGUGAAAGUCUGACUACCCUGCUCGAGCAGAUGGAGGAGCGGUUCAAGGAGAGCAAUGAUAAGAAGCACGAAUCGUUAUUGCAGAGCAAAGCAGAGCUGCUCGAGCAACUGUCCCAGGCCAAGCAGCAGUCCUCACACGCCGAGGCGCAGACCCAAGAGCAGGGCCGGAGAAUACAGGACCUUACUCAAGAGUUGUCAGCCACCAAAGACCUCCUUCGUGAGAGCCAUGCCCACGUUCGUACCCUUCACCAGGACAAGCAGAGGCUGGAGAAGCAGGUGCACGGCUUGAAGACGCGGUCUGCGGUUAGUGCGUCUGGGGAGACUGUAAGCCGCGAGCAGGAUGCAGAAUGGGCAAGGAAGGGCAUGGGUGGUGGCUUGAGAGAGUUCAAGCUCAGCCGGAGCAAGUCAAUACCAACACCGUCAAUCAAGCGAGCUUCGUCCCUGCCGCUGGAACAAGCGACAGGCCUCGGUAUAUCUGUCCCGCCGCCUCAAGUGGUGGAACCCAGUGUGCCGUCUCCCGAAAAGGAGGCUCUCCUGAUCGAACUCGCGCAGGCCAAGACAGCAGAGGCGAUCGCAAAACAAGAGGCGGAGGAGGCAAAGCAAAGGCUCGAAGCUUUCCGCAAGGCACAAAGCGCACACAAUCUAGCUGCAGUAGAUGCCAACGCACAACAGGCCUCUAUGGGGGUCUUUGGUCGGCUUGCAGGACACUCAUCGGCACCGUCGAACGAGGCAGUGCCGAAACAAGCGGCUCCAAAACAAGCAGCGGCAGCUAACACAAAUUCUGGAUCUGGAGGUUUCUGGGGAUGGCGCAGAUGA